AUGUUGCGGAAGGCGCCACUGCCUGUGCCGCGCGUCUAUGCCUCGCUAACUCGCUCUCAAACUCGCUCUUUUUUUUUGAAACUUGCUCUCUCUCUCUCUCUUUCUCUCCUCUCUCUCUCUCCUCUCUCUCUUCUCUCUCUUCUCUAUCUCUCUUCUCUUUAUUUCUCUCUUUCUCAACCGACCAAACCAAUUCUCUUCUCUCUCUCUCUCUCUUCUCUCUCUCUCUCUCUCUUCUCUCUCUCUCUCUCUCUCUUCUCUCUCUCUCUUCUCUCUCUUCUCUCUCUUCUCUCUCUUCUCUCUCUUCUCUCUCUUCUCUCUCUUCUCUCUCUCUCUCCACAUUUUUUUUUUCUCGACCAAUUUUUGUUGCAAUCGCCUCAAUCCGUCUACAUGCUCCGUCUGCCAUCUGCCACGCCUCGGCAUGGACUCAGUGACCCCCUUGUGCCCGUGGCAGAGAGCUUGGACCAUUGCGCUCGUGAUCUAGUCAACCUGAUGGCACAAUGGCACUCAAAAACACAUCUUAUUGAUGGCCGGCGAGAAAUCACGUCCAGUUUGCAACGCAUCGCAUUUGCAGAUCUACCGCAGCUCAACCCACCACAGCUCAUCGUCUGGCGAGCACACGACUUGCUCUUUGAACUUGCCUGUGGCAUGUCGGGCCUCUUGCGCGCCCUUCAACGAAGCGCCGGCGCCUGCUUGCUCGUCGUCGACGCUCGCCUCACCGAGACGGAGCGCAGCUACCUGCAACGACAUGCAUCCGUCUACAUCCAGUUGGCUGCCCCCCCGACCGCUUAUGGCCUCCUCGGAAAUCGAUUUCGUCAACUCGAAGAGGGCCUGCCUCUUCGCCCCGCGUCCUCCCCGGCCCUUACUCGCCACGCUAACGUUACUACUGUUUCCCGGCACGGUAAAAUGAGCCGUCGCUCCGAAUCCUUUGCCAUCGAUGCCAGGCGAACCGCCCUCCGUCCUGUCCUCGACCCUGCUCUUGCGGCCAAUCCCAUCCCGGGGGACCGCAAACCCUCUGCGGCCCCCGAGAAGCCCGCCUCUACGUCAAGCCCAACCAAGCCGAGUGCUUUGGCCGGGCCUCAGCGCAAUGCCCUGCUUCCCUUCACACCUGAAGGCCGCCAGGCCGCACAACAACACUUGGCCGCAUAUCAAGUGACCCUGCACAGCAAUCCCAGUUCAGGCGGCCAGGUCAUGUACGAGCCCGACGAAUUUGAUGAUCUCGAUGAAGAUGAUCCCGAUGACGACCUUGACAUUUAG